GGUUGCUGUGGCUGUGACUGGGUCUGUGUCUGGGCUGUGUUGACUCGCUCCUCUCUGGAUGCCUUGGAAGAGCUGGUGGACAGCUGAGAGCUGCUAGCUGUCAGCAGAAUUUUGGCUGUACUUGGGACCUUAUCUGCUGACAUCUGGCAACAUUUUUUGAUGGAGCAGUCGGGAUCAUCUUAACAAUUUCUUGUUCUGAUUCACUCUUAAAUACCAAAGGUUGGAGAUUUGACCCUGGUCAAUGUAUAUAGCACUUACCUCAACUCCAACAGAAAUGAAUGCCAACAGUAUGCCUAAACAAGUUGAGGUGAGGAUGCACGAGAGUCACCUGGAGCCCAUUGAGGCCAGGCCUCAGUCCAAAUGUGCCACACUCUGCUCCAAGCUGUUCAAGAACCUUCUGCUCACACUCACCGUCCUUGGUGUGAUCUUGGGAGCUGUAUCAGGGAUGUUGCUUCGCGUUGCCUCCCCGAUCCACCCAGAUAUUGUCAUGGUGAUUGCUUUUCCUGGAGACAUCCUGAUGAGGAUGCUGAAGAUGUUGAUCCUACCACUCAUCAUCUCCAGUUUAAUCACAGGUCUGGCUGGUUUGGAUGCCAAAUCCAGUGGUCGCCUGGGCACCAGAGCUAUGGUCUACUACAUGACCACCACUAUUAUUGCUGCUAUCCUGGGAGUCAUCCUGGUGUUAGUGAUCCACCCCGGCAACCCCAAACUGAAGGAGAAUCUGGGCCAAGGCGAGAAAAAUGAUGACGUGUCCAGCUUGGAUGCCUUCUUUGAUCUGAUCAGGAACUUAUUCCCAGAGAACCUGGUGCAGGCUUGUUUCGAACAGAUCCAAACAGUCACAAAGAAGGUAGAGGUGGCUAUUGAGGAGGAUGUCAAUGCCACCACCAUGGAGGGUCUGGUGGCUAACAUUACGAAGGAGCCUCAGUUCCUCAUCAAAAAGUCCCUGCAGUUCAAAAGUGGCAUGAAUGUACUGGGUCUGAUUGGUUUCUUUAUUGCAUUUGGCAUCUGCAUGGGCAAGAUGGGAGAGAGGGCCAGACUCAUGAUUGAAUUCUUCAACAUCCUCAAUGAGAUUGUGAUGAAACUUGUCAUCAUGAUCAUGUGGUACUCUCCCUUCGGUAUUGCCUGUCUCAUCUGUGGUAAGAUCAUCUCCAUCAAGGACCUGGAGGUGGUGGCCAGGCAGCUGGGAAUGUAUAUGGUGACUGUGAUUAUUGGCCUCAUCAUCCACGGAGCAAUCUUCCUGCCCAGCAUCUACUUUGUUAUCGUCAGGAAAAACCCCUUCACCUUCUUCCUGGGCAUCUUCCAGGCCUGGAUCACUGCCCUGGGGACAGCCUCCAGUGCUGGUACACUGCCUGUCACCUUCCGUUGUCUGGAGGAGAACUUGGGUAUUGACAAAAGAGUCACUCGUUUUGUGCUUCCGGUUGGUGCCACCAUCAACAUGGACGGAACUGCUCUGUAUGAGGCUGUUGCAGCCAUCUUCAUUGCCCAAAUGAACGGCAUCCACCUCGACCCUGGUCAGAUUGUCACCGUCAGUUUGACAGCUACCCUCGCCAGUGUUGGAGCAGCCAGUAUUCCCAGUGCCGGCCUGGUGACUAUGCUCUUGAUCCUGACUGCUGUAGGCCUGCCAACCCAAGACAUCAGUCUUUUGGUUGCUGUCGACUGGCUGCUGGAUCGAUUCAGGACCUCAGUGAAUGUGGUGGGUGACUCCUACGGUGCAGGCAUCGUGUACCACAUGUCCAAGGCAGAGCUUGAGGAGCUGGACGCGCAUGCAGCUAAAUCAGAUGACAUUGAAAUGAUGACGAAGACCCAAUCUUAUUACGAUGACAUGAAGAACCAUCACGAAAACAAUUCCAACCAGUGCGUCUUAACCUCUACCGCUACCACAACCGCUACCGCCACUGCUAACAAUUCUGUCGUAGUAGAUGAAUGCAAGGUAACCUCAGCCACUAACGGCUCUGCUGCGGAGUGCACGCUUGUUGAGGAGGAACCAUGGAAACAUGAAUAAUGGCAGCACAGAGAUCCCCUGCUCCUGGGCUCCACAAGCUUUCCUAUCUGGUGAAAGAGUGAAUGAAAAAAAGUCACACGAACAGAACUACUAAUUGUUUUUUAUGUAGUUUAGUUUUCUUUUCUUUUUUUAUUAGUCCCUUUAAAGGUUUUUGUAACUGUCUAUCUGACUGAUAUAUAAUACUAAUUCACUUAACCGUGAAAUGAUAACAGAGGUAUACCUUUACCUGUUAGAGCACAAUUAUGUCCUGUAUAGCAGAUACUUGCACAACAUACUUCAAGGCUUGGGGAGGGAAGGAAGAGAAAAAAGUUAGAUAAGCUAUUCCUAGCAAUACAUCUUUGUUCUACAUUUACAAGAUGAGAGAAGAAGUGGCUGUAUAAUGGGAUGCACUGAGAACAUCUUCCAGGUUUCCUAGUUAUAUAAAUACAGGUGAUUCAUUAUUCUAAUGCCAGAAGAGGAGUGGGAGUUAGAGCAUUAAUCGUGAAAACCAAUGUAAUGUUUGUACUGAACUUCCUUGCUUUACAUCCCUGUCAGUACCAUCACAAUGUGUGCAUUAGGCCACCGCUCUUCCUUUGCUCUUAUCUACUGUAAGAACAUCACUUCUUAUUCUUAAACUGUCAGAGCGUUUAAAGUGCACCUGACUGCUGAUUGCAUUGCCCAAUAUUACCCACUAUCCCUGAGGUCCAGCAAACUGAUGAAAGGGUAGGAGGCAGGGAGAACAAUAGUGAACAGGAAAACCUACCAGCACAGUCGCCGUGGGAUUAUAAAGCACAAAUCAUGCCAUGGAGCCCAUUUUUUCCCCUUUGUGUUUUUUUUUUCCUUUGUCUACUGUAAAAAAAAAGGGACUUUUUUCUUUGUGUCACCUACUGAGUGAGAUAUAAAACUUGUUUGUGUGUGUCUGUGUGUGAUAGAGAGAGAGAGAGAGCUGGGUUAAGAACAUGACCAAGUCAAUUAUAGGGACCAAACAGGCAGAAAAUCAAUCAACUCACAGAGGCCUUUGAACUGCCUCCAUAAUGUCACUCUCAAGACAGUUUUCAGUUUUCUUUCCUUCUGUCCAUUUUUAACUGAAAGGCACAGCAGUUGAUAUCACCACCUUUUCUGAUGAAGCCUCAAAACUUAAAUGAAAUAAUGUCACUGCCCUGUAUAUGAAACUUUCCUUCCCCCCCAAAAAAAGUACCUGUAAUGCCAGUGAAAUUAAAAUAAAAAUUUGCAUCAAAAUUAUUAUCAUAAAAACAAACAAUAAUUAUUAAUUGCCAUAUCUGGAUAAAUUGAAGCACACAAAAAAAAAUAUAAAGCACAAACAGAGUGAUAGAGCACAAAUAAAGCCAAAAUGCCAGUGAGGAUAAUUUUCAGUCAGAGGCAUAAUCAAAGUCAUGCACAUUAUCCUUCCAUGUUGACACUGAUCGUAUUCCAAGUUUAAAAAAUGAUUUUAAAAACACAAUAAUGGAACAGGAACAGAUACUCAGGCUUGUAUGUUUACUAUUUUACAGGGAAAAAAAUUUUGUAAUCCUCAAAUGUUUACCUGCUCACUAGAGCUUCAAGAAAAAGGCCUCAUAACAGCACAACUUUUGAAAGCUUUGACUCCAAACAGUGACAGUUCACUGCAAAGGUCUUUGAUGAAAGAUAGUGAUUUUAUAAUAUGAUGACAUGCUGGGAAGCACAUAUAGGAAGCACACAAAUACAUUUAAGACAACAUUCCAGUGGUUGAAUGAUCCUCAACCUGCGUACUAUUUGUACACUUACAUUAUUACUGAACACAGAGUACACAAAGUGAAGCACUAGAAACAUUUUUAAAAAGAAACGGAGGAAGAAGUAGCACAGCACUCAGCUGUCAGAUGGAUUCUUGGCUUGCACAAACAGUGACAGAUCAUUGAUAUAACACUCUUGCUUGCCAGCUUCUUGUUUAGCCAGACCUUAAAAGGUAAACAACAAUAUAUUUUAGCCACCAGAGCUCAAGACUGUUUCUACAAACCCUAGAUGCUGCAGCUGUGUGUCCACAUUGGUGCAAAGACGUUUUAGGAAACUUAGAACAGAACAAUGGACACUUCACAUGCAUUAUGCUAAAAUGUUGCUAUCUAUCAGGUAAAAAAAAAAUCCUCUCAUAGAACCAAAUGGCUUAAAAAGAUCUGCAAAUACAAACAAAGCUGGGCUACUGGCUGUUAAUCUUUUUUUAGCCUGUGCGAGUGAGAGGUGAGACUUCUGCGUUGUGGGUGGGAUUUCUUUAUCAGUAAUGUGUCCUUCUCUCCUGUCUUGUUUCUUUUCAUUUCAUUAAAGACAACCUUGCCUUGGAGAUGUUCACUUCAAACAAAUGCCAAUAUAAGUAACACUAGGGAAAUUAACAAAACACUUAGUACGACACUCUGUCCUUUAGUUCCUGAAACACACUCUCAGAAGACGUCUUUGAUUUUUUUAAGCUCGGCUAACAGAAGUGUGCUGUGACACAACAUAAAGCACAUUUGGUGUUCUCCUGUAAACACUGCACAGACUGAUACACACAAAAAACAAGCAUGCACACACGAUUUUUAAAAUGCACACAUUUUUAGCACACACACAAACACUCUUAGACCUCGACGGUCACUACAUUUCUAACUGUGAUCAGAGAGCUGCAGAGCACAGCACUGACACCCUGAGAGGCCCCUUGAGUCUGAUCUUUUGACCUUGUGAUCUUCAGGAAAGAAAAAAAAAAUCAACCUCUCCAGUAAGGAGAAAAUGCAGACCAUAGUGUCAAUGAUGGGGAUUGAGUGUUGAACCACUAUUAUGUUCAAACUCACGGUUUUAGAAGCAUGAAUAAAAUAAAAUGAUAAUAUUUUUUUGCACCACUAUCUUAAAAGCAUGAUAUGUUGAAGUGCCUCAUUGCACUUUGUGUAUAUAUUGUAGGUAACAGAUUUCUUUUUUUUUUUUUUUUUUCCUUUUGCUUUCUUUUUUUUUUGGGGGGUGGGGGGUGGGAAUGGUAUGUAGGAAUAUAGUUUCAUUGCUGUGACAUUUUCAAUGUAAUCCUCUAGGAAAAAAAAAUAUCAUAUGUCCUGAGUAAAAUUAGAUUAGACAAAAUGUAUAGAGAGGAAAUCGUGUAAUAAAUUGCCUGUUUUUUUAUUCUCUAAUAGCUGUUAACUAGUUGUUUUACUUACCUGUCACACACCAAUAUAUAAAUAUCUUUUUUUUUUAAUCUAAUGUAAGCAUUCUGAAUGUUUGUUCCAUGAAGAUAUAAGAAGUGUGCAUUCAUUUUCAUUGUACAUAAAUAAAUAUAUAAUUGUUCUGUUCAGUGGCAAUGCAGAAUUUUCUGGAAAUUACAGUGGUCCUGAAGCAAACAGGUUUGCAUUUAUAAGAGAAAGAAAGAGAGUGAGAAAGAGAGAGAAAGAGCGAGGGGAAGUUUCUGGUUUGACAAAGGGGGCCAACAUGAGUUAUUUUGGUUGGAAUUACUGUGAUAAAAGUUGCAGAAAAGAGAGACAAAUAAAGGUAAAGCUCAAUUUUGCCCUGUAUGUAGGAUAGAGUGAGAAAUCAAACACAGCCUAGGAGUUGAUUUGAGUGGAAGAAAAUAUACUCAGCUGCCUGUUAACAGUAGAGCAACCUUCCUCAGGUGACUCAUCUGAACCAUUUUGUCUUUUCAAUGGCGAAAACGUGCUUUAGUCUCAGGCAUCUUUGUUUACCUGGUGCGUGUGUUUAUUAAAGCUGCAAGACAUGGUUAUCUAGAUCUUUUAGAUUCUUUGUUACCCUGUCUACAUGCCACAUCUUCACAUAUCUGACCUCUGAUGUGCCACCAACAUCAUGGAGGAUUAUAGAAUUCACACUCUGUAAACUACAUUUACUCCACUUGCCUUUUUUGCUUUCUACACAGAAACUUUAUGCACGCACAAACACCUGGAACUUGCUGAGCUAAAUGGUACUGAUAGAAUGGAAAUCGAUUGACACAGUAUUUCAACCAAGAGACAGUAUAUCUUUAAGCUUGUCCUUUUCUACUGAAAUGUGUCUUUUUGAAGAAACUCCUAAACAGAGCUGAUAACCUGUCACUCCUGCCUACGACGUGCUUUCCUGAUCUUACUUUUCUAGGCCUUCCCUCUUUGUAAAGCUGUUGUAAUUUUGAUGUAAAGGCAGAGCGUAUGUGUGGGGGAGAAAAAAAAGACAAAAAAAAAAAAUGAAACAUGAAAUCUUUCCUCGGUCUAUGGUAUACAUAAAAAAAUCUGUUUCUACAUAUCAGUAAGUGUUGUACCUUUGGUGUACAUAUACAAAUAUAACUAAUAAAUGUUGAUUCAUAACUAAA